CAGACAACAGUCAGCUGCGUUGGUUAACAGCCAAAUGAGGCGAUAAUUAUUAUGUGCUGUCUGCUGGGGAAGUCUCCAAACCUUGUUCAGAUCAGUCUCAAAGUUUAGACCUGCAAGAUGUCGAAUCAAUCUGUGGAGGGGAUUUACCUCAGCUCUCACAUGGAGAACAUCCUGUUCUCAGCCUUCUACAUUGUCAUCUUCAUCCUCUCAGUCCCGAGCAAUGCCUUGGCACUUUGGGUGUUCUGCCACAACACCAACAACACCCCUUCCAAAGUGUUUCUGAAGCACCUGGCUAUAGCGGACAUGUCUUACGUCUUGGUGCUCCCCAUGCGAGUGAUCUACCACAUGUCAGACGGUCACUGGCCUCUUGGUGAAGGGGCUUGUCGCGUGGUGGGUUUUCUGUUCUUUGUCAAUCUCUACUGCAGUGUGUACUUUAUAACCUGCAUCAGUGUAGACCGUCUGGUGGCUUGCGUCUUACCACACAGAGCUCAAAAUCUGAGAAAGGCCAAGUAUGCCAAAGUGGUCUGUGCAAUCCUGUGGGUCAUGGUGACCAUUUCCAUGAUGCCUGUCCUGUUCUCCAAAACACAAGUGACUCGAUGGCAAAAUGUCACAGUGUGCAAACAGCUGUACAUAGAGAAGUCCUCUAAUCCCACCGGCGCUGUGGUGUCCACUGCUGUUGCAUUCAUGAUACCUCUGGUCACCCUGAGUGUUUCUUACAUUCUCAUAUUUUUCAAAAUCAAACAAAUGACUUUUCAAGAAAGAAUGCCUGCUCAUCGCAAGGCAAUGAGGAUGAUUGUACUUACAGUGCUUAACUUCUUGAUUGCAUUUGUGCCCUAUCAUAUCCACCGAUUUGUCUUUAUCAUACAGCAUGAUGACAUGUCAAGGUCAGAAUCCGAAAGACAAAUGCUACAUUUGGGAAAUCGAAUCACCUCAGCUUUAACAUGCAUGAGUGGCGUGCUGGAUCCUGUCAUGUACUUCUUUCUGGCUAGAAAUUACCAAGCGACCCUGCUGCAGCUCUGUGGUAGAAACGCCAAGGAGGAGCAAUCCACCGCUUGAUCAGAUGAGAAAGCCCAUGAUAUCUUUUUCAGCUGUUAACUACCAGGCAUAAUGAAGCUCGGUAUCUGUAAAACAAAUGUUUAAAGUUAAAAUAGUAGAAGUGGAAAAAGUAUGGCUGAUAAUAAUUGAAGAUCAUGACCACAUUCAUUCAGAAACUCACGAUGUGCAGUAUGAGUCAUCAAGUGUGAAACUACCAUUUGCAGAAUACAAGAUGACAAUAUCUCAUAUAACAUAUACAUAUGACAAUGACAUGGUUAUCUUUGUUUAUUUAACUUUUUUCAAACAUUUUUCAUGUAUCAAUAUUUAAUGUAUCAUAUAUCAUUUUUGUAUAGGCCCUUAUACUUUUAGAUGUUCAGAUCUGAACAAAAUAUUUUUCAAAAUCUCAUCUUCUAAUGUCUUCGCAAAUACCAUUGUUGCAGUGUUUGUUUCUUUGAGGUCAUUAUUAUUAGUAUUAUUUCAUUUGAAUUUUAAAAUUUGUAUUUUAAUUGCAUUACAUGGUUGAUUGUUCCAUGUACAUUUUGACCAUUUCAUUUCCAAUUUGGAAAAGAAUAGCAGGAAAGUAAAAGAUGGCUUUUUUUCUGGGUUUGUUAAAAAAAAUACAGCUCAGUAUGAAGCGUCACUUUCAUCUGAUUGGUUAAAAUGGCUUAUAUGGCACCAUGAAGAGUACAGCACUGACAAUGUGUUACGCUUUAAUAAAACAUUGUCAGGAAAUAUUUGUAAACCACAAA